AUGAAUAUGUUCAUGAUGUUUCGUACAGAAAUGAUGAAUACUAGAGAUCCAAAUAUUACGAUGACCGAAUUCAGCAAGCUUGUAUCAAAAAGAUGGCGUGUACUACCAGAGCAAGAGAAAUUGAAAUACCAAAGAAAUUAUCAUAUAAUUCGAGACCAAUCGCAAAAUACAGAUGAAUUUAUAACCUCUGAAACGGACGAUAAUCCCCCAACCGAUAUUGAUUCUAUUGAGAAUGGAUCAUGUAAUGAAGUUAUUAAUCGUGAAAAUAUUAAUAAUGGUUUAGAGGACCAUAUAUUACAUGAUUUCGUUGAAUUUUCAAACACAGUCAAUGAGAGUGAACCAUACAUUUGUCAAGAUCCUUCUGACUUUUGUAAUGAACUUAAUUAUUAUGAUAAUUCUAUCGAUAAUCCUGACUGUUUACCUGAUAAUUAUCCAAGUGAUCCUCCCAUCAGUAAUAAUCAAAGCACAUUCAAUGUUUAUUAUAUCAAUGGUUCUUUCGUCUUUUUAACUGAAUCUGGUCUAGAUUUUAUAUAG